CCGGCCCGGAGCCGGUGGGUGCCCAGCCCGGCGGCGCUCGGAGCCAGCCCGGCGCGGGCACCCGCCGGCAGCGAUGCCGCUCGCCCAGCUGGCCGAGCCCUGGCCCGACAUGGAGCUGGUGCAUCUGGACACGGAGAACGGGCAGCCAGCUCCAGAAGAAGGUGGGAAUCCUCCAUCCCAGGCAAAGUCUGACAUCACUUGGAUAGAGAAAGACCUGGUGGACUCUGCAGACAAGGGGGAAGGUGUCGUGCAGGAAAUCAACAUCACCCACCAUGUGAAGGAGGGCUCUGAGAAGGCUGAUCCCUCACAGUUUGAGCUCCUGAAGGUGCUGGGACAGGGCUCUUUUGGCAAGGUUUUCUUGGUGAGAAAAAUAACUCCCCCAGACACCAACCACCUCUAUGCCAUGAAAGUGCUGAAGAAGGCGACACUGAAAGUGCGGGACCGACUGAGGACAAAGAUAGAAAGGGACAUCCUGGCUGAUGUCAACCAUCCCUUUGUGGUGAAACUCCACUACGCAUUCCAGACAGAGGGGAAGCUGUACCUCAUCUUGGAUUUCCUCAGAGGAGGUGACCUUUUCACUCGGCUUUCCAAAGAGGUCAUGUUCACUGAGGAGGAUGUGAAGUUCUACCUGGCAGAGCUGGCACUGGGACUCGACCACUUGCACAGCCUGGGGAUCAUCUACAGGGACCUCAAGCCAGAGAACAUCCUCUUGGAUGAGGAGGGGCACAUCAAACUCACAGAUUUUGGUUUGAGCAAGGAGGCCAUAGACCACGAGAAGAAAGCCUACUCGUUCUGUGGGACCGUGGAGUACAUGGCCCCGGAGGUGGUCAAUCGCCAGGGCCACUCGCACAGUGCUGACUGGUGGUCCUACGGGGUCCUCAUGUUUGAAAUGCUCACAGGGGCACUGCCCUUCCAGGGGAAGGACCGUAAGGAGACAAUGACCCUCAUCCUCAAAGCGAAACUGGGCAUGCCACAGUUCCUGAGCGCUGAGGCUCAGAGUCUCCUGCGAGCCCUUUUCAAAAGGAAUCCAGCCAACAGAUUAGGCUCUGGGCCAGAUGGGGCAGAGGAGAUCAAGCGCCACCCUUUCUACUCCACCAUCGACUGGAACAAGCUGUACCGCAGGGAAAUCAAACCCCCUUUCAAGCCUGCAGUGGGCCAGCCAGAUGACACCUUUUAUUUUGACACGGAGUUCACGUCACGGACACCAAAAGAUUCCCCGGGUGUGCCCCCGAGUGCAGGGGCCCAUCAGCUCUUCCGAGGCUUCAGUUUCGUGGCAACCGGGUUAAUGGAGGAUGGCAAAGUCCACCCUCCCCAGCCUGCCCUGCAUUCAGUUGUGCAGCAGCUGCACGGCAAGAACGUCCAGUUCAGCGACGGGUACGUGGUGAAGGAGGCCAUCGGCGUCGGCUCCUACUCCGUCUGCAAACGCUGCAUCCACAAGGCCACCAACAUGGAGUACGCAGUCAAGGUGAUUGACAAGAGCAAGCGAGACCCUUCUGAGGAGAUUGAGAUCCUGCUGCGGUACGGGCAGCACCCAAACAUCAUCACCCUGAAAGAUGUGUAUGAUGAUGGCAAGUACGUGUACCUGGUGACCGACCUCAUGAGGGGAGGAGAGCUGCUGGAUAAAAUCCUCAGACAGAAAUUCUUCUCGGAGAGAGAAGCCAGUUCAGUCCUGCACAUGAUCUGUAAAACAGUGGAGUAUCUGCAUUCCCAAGGGGUGGUUCACAGGGACCUGAAGCCCAGCAAUAUCCUCUACGUGGAUAAAUCAGGGAACCCUGAGAGCAUCCGAAUCUGUGACUUUGGCUUUGCCAAGCAGCUCAGGGCUGACAAUGGGCUCCUCAUGACCCCCUGUUACACAGCAAACUUCGUGGCACCCGAGGUCCUGAAACGCCAAGGCUACGACGAGGGCUGUGACAUCUGGAGCCUGGGGGUCCUGCUGUACACGAUGCUGGCAGGCUGCACUCCCUUUGCAAAUGGUCCCAGUGACACUCCAGAAGAGAUCCUGACACGGAUAGGAGGAGGGAAGUUCUCCAUCAGUGGGGGCAAUUGGGACACUAUUUCUGACAUGGCCAAGGAUCUGGUAUCAAAGAUGCUCCACGUAGAUCCUCACCAGCGCCUCACAGCCAAGCAGGUCCUGCAGCAUCCUUGGAUAACCCAGAAGGACAGUUUACCCCAGAGCCAGCUCAAUCACCAGGACAUUCAGCUUGUAAAGGGCGCCAUGGCUGCCACGUACUCGGCGCUGAACAGCUCCAAGCCAAGCCCUCAGCUGAAGCCCAUCGAAUCCUCCAUCCUGGCACAGAGGCGGGUGAAGAAGCUCCCCUCCACCACCCUGUGAGGCCCCACGGCGCAGGAACAGCCCGGAUUUUGCACACCUAUGGAAGAGGGGGACAGAGGACGGGCAGGGUCUGCACAGGGGCUCCCCUGGGGACUUGCUCUCAAGAGGCCAAGUGCCUUCCUGCUCCUGAAAGACUGGCUCCUCCUCAAGUGGACUGAUCUUUGCUGAAGAACUUCACUGUAAAACUUUUUUGAUGUGUAAAUUGUCAAUUUAUAAAGAAAUCCAUCUGUGUAUAUGAGAACUAGAAUGUAUAACUGAUGUCAAGUGGCACUAAAAAGCAGCUCUGAUUCACCCUUCCCUGUGUAGGACCAGGUAUUUGUUGUUGCUACAGCAUUUCUUGGAACUGAUCCUCUCCAGCUCCACAGCAGCUGGAAGACUGUGUCACACUUUGUGUUUAGGCUUUGGGGCUUUUCCUCCCUCAAACCUUUGGAUGCAUUUCCCAAAGCCAGCCCUGCAGCCUCCCAGCCAGCAGCACUCGUGUCCAUGAAGGACCUCCCUCCCUUCUCAGUCCUGUGUGUUUGUUCCAUGUAAGGUGGAUUUUGCAGCCUCUGUUCUCCCUCUCUCCGUGCUCCCCCAGCCCAGCCAGCAGCUCAGAUCUCUGAACAAAACACACCACGUUUUUAACAAGCCCUCCUGCAGAUGCUCAGCAGGCCAGGUAGAUCUGGCUCACUCCUUCCCUCUGCUCUCCUGUCUCCAUGCUCUCCCAUCACUGCCGAGUUUGUCACCUGUGCAGGGGGGUGACGACAGAACCUCCUCCCUGGCAAACCUUUGGGCUGGCUCUGGCUGCUGCUUUUACAAUGUGGGGUUUUCCUUCCCCUCAGCAGGAACCUCUGAACCUCUGAAACCUUUAUUUUUUAAUUUAACUUUGUUCUCCAGCCGUGACUCAGGGUUUCUUUCUGACUUGUACAAUAAACGUGUCAUUCAGGGCC